AUGUCACGGAGACUGUUGCUAGAUGAUGAGAUUGCGAAAGAGCUGGAAUUAUUAGUUAGCUUGCCUGAUGAUCCAGCGAAUUCCGAAGAUGAAUAUGAGUCUGACGAACAUGGUGAAGAGUAUAAUGUGGAAAAACUCAAGAAUCUUUUGGUGAAUUCAGAAGGUGAGCAAUCUAGCUCAAGUAGUAAUACAAAUAUAAACAUUCCGGAAACAAUUCCGUCACCAGUGACACAGGAGUUUCCACAAUCUUAUAAAGAUAAUAUUGAGUCACACAUUCAAAACACUUCAAUUGAGCAUUUUCAAAUAUCCAUACCAGAAAAUCCACAAAUAGAAAUGUCUGUUGGUCAACCGAGCUGUAGUAGAUUUGGAAUUUCUUCAAAUGAAACAAUAGAAGAAAGCUCUGAAGAAUCUGAAUCAGAAGGUUCAUGGAAUAAAGCGAUGUGGUCUAAUGGAAACAGGCCACACUACUCAGUAUUUGACAAAAUAACUUUGACACCUCGUAGUCCAAUAUCUUACAACAGCAGGCCUUUAGUAUACUUUGAUAAGUUUUUUACUAACGAAGUUUAUAACCUCAUAAUUGAGCAGACAAAUCUAUAUGCUCAAAAACCUGCUACAACGCAGACUGGACUGUCAGUGGCAGAAAUAAGCAGUGAAGUUCGGGAAGUUGAAAAUAUUGAAAUACAAGAUUUGACCGAUGAAGAGCAACUGAACAGAGAACUAGAGAAAGCUAUGACAGGGACGAAAGGUGAUAGUGCUGUUUUAGACGAUAGUCUCAAGGUUACCAUUAAAUUUGAAAUGGCUCUUUUUGCAAAUGGUGGAUCAAAAGAUCGCUAUCUAACAGCAGCUUUUGAUAAUUUAAAGACGAUUUCAACCACAAGUGUCGAGUUAGAAUGCAUAUUUUCUUCGUCAGGAUUUAUCUGCAAUCGUCUUCGGUCCUCAUUAAAAUUGUUAUUAAUGAUGACCGAAUAA